AUGAGCACGGAAAGAGUUCAAAAGCCAAUCGAGAAGACGGCGGCUCAGAAGAUAUCCAAGUUUGGGUCGUUUGUUGCCGGUGGGAUUGCAGCGUGUUGCGCUGUGACUGUCACAAACCCAAUCGAGCUGGUCAAAAUUAGGAUGCAACUGCAGGGUGAAUUGGCCGCUGUCGGGCAAGGUAUUUACAAGAAUCCAAUCCAAGGUAUAUCCGUAAUUUACAAGAACGAGGGGUUCAAGGCGUGCCAGAAGGGUCUUGUCUCUGCGUACUUCUACCAGAUUGCCCUGAACGGGUCUAGGCUAGGUUUCUACGAGCCCAUUAGACUCACAUUGAAUAGAACAUUCUUCCCAGCGCAGGAGAGUCACAAAGUGCAGAAUGUAGGUAUCAAUAUGUUCUCCGGUGCGUCGUCCGGUGUCAUUGGGGCUAUCAUUGGUUCCCCACUGUUUUUGGUGAAGACGAGAAUGCAGUCUUACUCCAGUUCUAUUGCCUUGGGUGAUCAAACUAAAUACACGGGUGUCUGGAACGGUCUAUCUACCAUCUUUAGAGAAGGUGGGGUCCGCGGGCUGUUCAAAGGUGUAGAUGCGGCUAUUUUAAGGACAGGUGCUGGGUCUUCUGUCCAACUGCCCAUUUACAACACUGCCAAGAACAUCUUGCUGAGGAACGAUUUGAUGGAAAACGGGCCCGCGCUGCAUUUGACUGCGAGUACGAUCUCCGGUAUGGGUGUUGCCGUUGUGAUGAACCCAUGGGACGUUAUUCUGACCAGAAUCUACAACCAAAAGACGAACAAAUACAAAGGUCCAAUUGACUGUUUAGUCAAAACUGUUAAGAUCGAGGGUAUAACAGCCCUGUACAAAGGGUUUGAAGCACAAGUCUUUAGAAUCGCUCCACACACAAUCAUCUGUUUGACUUUAUUGGAACAAACGAUGAACUUCGUCUAUACCGUUGAAAGGACAGUUCUGGGACACUCGUAG